AUGAAUUAUAGUGACGAAUAUGUACCUUUGUCCAUUGAGGAUUGUCUCACAAGACGUCUGGAAGAAAACACUUCAAAUUUCUUUGCCAUCGAAAACAUUUCAUCCUCACAAACUGACACUAAUGUACUCAGUGCGCCCUUUCUCGUCAUUCUGCAGAACUGCAAUUUGCUUACAGCAGAUCUUCAUGAAGUUUCCGUGACGACGUCUCCAGCUCGCGUAUUUUCAGAUUCAUUGCUUGUUCUGGAAGCAGUCGCCCUGGGACUCAUAAUCUUGCUCACGAUUGGCGGAAAUCUUCUUGUGAUAGUCGCAGUGGUACCCAGCCCAACACUACGUUCACCGACGCACUCUCUGAUCGUGAACCUAGCAGUCGCAGAUCUUCUUCUGGGUGUCACUGUGCUGCCUCUGUCGGCAACACGAGAACUGUCCGGAAUAUGGCUUCUGGGCCCCAGCCUCUGCUCUAUAUGGACAUCUCUGGAUGUCCUGUGCUGCACCGCCUCUAUUCUGUCUCUGUGUGGUAUUUCUGUCGACCGAUAUAUCGGGGUUUCAAGACCGCUGGCUUAUUCGCGAAUCCUGACAAAGAGACGUGCCAGAGGACUCAUUGCUGGGAUAUGGGCACUGGCUUUGGCUAUAAGCAUUGCACCUCCUCUGGGCUGGAGGGACGAUUCAAGUGACACCGAAUGCCACGUCAACAAGCAACUGGGCUACGUCAUAUUCUCUGCAUGUGGCUCCUUCUAUCUGCCGGCCCUCGUCAUAUUGGUGCUGUACGCGCUGGUCUAUCGCGCUGCCUCAAGACACUCGAAAUUCCUCCAGUCUGGGUCUAGGGUCACGCGUUCAGACGUCACCCUCAGAGUGCAUCUAGGAAACAACAGUCUCAAGGGACACGCCACUGAAAGGUGGACGCAAAAUAACUCCGAGCUUCAACUGUUUUACUGUGAGAGGGCAAGAGGGGAGCAAGAUGACAAUGAGUCUGUAACUGAAAACAUUUUCCCCUCUUAG